AUGGGUGUGCUUAUAGAUUUUCUGCUACUCACAGCUAAAGUUGUGGGCUAUAUAAUCCAGUCCCUUGUGCGGUGGAUAAAGAGGCCCACAGAGAAAAGAGUCACCAAUGAAAUAUGUUUAAUAACAGGUACGGCCAGUUCAAAAGGACUGGGUCGGCGUUUUGCUUUAGAACUCGCCCAAAAAGGUGCGACGCUUGUCCUGUGGGAUAUAGACACAGAUGGUAAUGAAAAGACUGCAGUGCAGGUGAGGGAGCUAGGGGCCAAGGCUUAUGCUUACACCUGUGACGUGAGCCAGCGAGAGGACGUCUAUAACACUGCAGAGAGAGUGCGACGGGAGGUGGGAGAUGUCACCGUCCUGAUAAAUAAUGCUGGGGUUGUAGCAGGGAAACCGAUCUUGCAGUGCUCAGAUGAACUUCUGGAAAGGACCAUGAAGACUAACUGCUAUGCACAUUUCUGGACUGUCAAGGCUUUCCUCCCAAAAAUGAUGGAGCUGGACCAUGGUCACAUUGUGACGAUAGCAGGAUCCUUGGGCCUCUUUGCAACAGCUUGUGUGACGGAUUACUGUGCAAGCAAGUUCGCAGUAGUUGGAUUCCAUGAAGCUCUUAGCCAUCAGCUGAAAGCCAAUCGAAUCAAUGGAGUGAAGACUACUCUGGUGUGCCCCUGUCUUGUUGACACGGGCAUGUUCACUGGAUGUAGAAUCAGGCAAGAGCUGGAUGGUCUUCUCUCUCCAUUAAAACCAGAUGACUGUGUGAAGACAGCAAUGAAAGGAAUACUGAAUAAUCAGCCCAUAAUAUGUAUCCCCAGAGUGAUGUACUUUGCAGUAGUUUCAAAACACCUCCUACCAUGGGAUGUUCAAGUUCUUGUUCACAAGUUUUUGGGUAUUGAUAAGUGUAUGCAUCCAUUCAUUAGACAAAGGGAAGCGAAACGCCAUCUCGUAGCAACAGGAAGAUGAAGAUUGGUACUUGCACAGAUUUUUUAACAGCUUCUGGAACACUUUCUUAAUCUAAACUCAGCUGGAAAAACCUGGUGAAUAAAAUCACUUCAGUGUAGAAACACUUAAAGGUCGCAUCUUAUAUUGAUCCAUACUUGCUCUUUUGGUCUACGUCUGCAGGCUUUCAGGAGAAUUCUGGCGACAUCCAGCAUUUAUGUAAUAGUUACUACACACAAGGGGGAGGGCUAGUUGAAUGGUAUAAAUACAUGCAUCAGCACCUGAUGCUUGGUGCCUUCACUGCGCACAGGCACUUCUGAACAUCCCAUCCUUUAGUCUAUGCAUUAGAGCCGGGAGAGAGAUCAGGUCUUUGACUUUGCUCCAAACUGGAGUAGUAUUUGGACCUAAAGUCCCAGGAGAUGGCAAGGAGAUGAGGAGAAUACGUCUUUCCGGGAUUUUUUUUUUUUAAAUUGUUUUCUGGACUUCUUGGCCACCACACUAUAAAGCAGGGGAGGGGUCAUGUAUUUUCAGACAUGCUUCCCUUAGCUGCUUUUGGAUGGGAAGUUUUAUGCUGUAUGUUCUCAGCUGGGGAUAAGAGUA